CUUUCUUCUAAACAAAAAUCAGCUGAGGUAAUGAAAGGAAAAUAUUUUUCUUCAAUAUAUAAAUUUCUAGCUCUAGACAUAGUUGGCAGAAGAAAAAAUAAUGGGCGACAACGAGACCGAAACUUCAACAACUGCAGCCGCCGAAAAGGACAACAAAAUAUGUAUUUUGCUUAAUGCCACUGGAAAUGUGCCCAUUAUAAAGAAACGCACUUGGACGGUAGACCCAUUUAAGACAGUCAGUUGGAUAUGCAAGUUUAUACACAAGUACUUGAAAUUGGAUCCAUCUGAACAAAUCUUUCUGUACGUAAAUCAAACAUUUGCUCCUGCACCCGAUCAAAUAAUUAAAAAUCUUUACGAUUGCCAUGGAACCAAUGGAAAGCUGGUUCUAUAUUAUUGCAAAAAUCAAGCAUGGGGAUAAAGCAGCAAUGAUUCAUUUUGUAAAAGGGGUUGGGUAAGGGUGCGUCUACUCCUUGGUUAAACGAGCAGACGAAGAAAGUCAUAUUUGUAUACAUAUAUUAAUAUUUAUUUAUAUAAGGCAUUUAUUUAGAACUUAAUUUUUUCCGUAAUAAAGACCCUAAAGUUUUUGAUUUUA